CCUUUUUACUGUGGUCCCUUUAAGCAUGAUCAACUGAGCAACUGUCACAGAAGCUGCAACUGUUGUAGAUUCUGCAAGUUUGCUUCUGGAUUCUUAAACACUUUUAGUUUAGGAGAGGCUUAAGUAUUAAUCAUGGCUUCUGAUUCAAGCCCAGCCUCUGAGGAUACUUUUCAAGCGCCAGUGUGUUGCUCUGCUCGUUACAACUUAGCGGUCUUGGCCUUUUUUGGUUUCUUCGUUCUCUAUGCAUUACGUGUGAAUCUGAGUGUUGCACUCGUGGAUAUGGUAGAUUCAAAUACAACUUUAGCAGAUAACAUCACUUCCAAGGAGUGUGCAGAGCAUUCUGCUCCCAUAAAAGUUCUUCGCAAUCAAACGGGUAAAAGGUACCAGUGGGAUGCAGAGACCCAGGGAUGGAUUCUCGGUUCUUUUUUUUAUGGCUACAUCAUCACACAGAUUCCUGGAGGAUAUAUUGCUCGCAAAGUCGGGGGAAAACUGCUGCUAGGUUUUGGGAUCCUUGGCACCGCUGUCUUCACGCUCUUCACACCCUUGGCUGCCGAUUUUGGAGUUGGAGCUCUCAUUGUCCUCAGAGCACUAGAAGGGCUUGGAGAGGGUGUCACGUUUCCAGCUAUGCAUGCCAUGUGGUCUUCCUGGGCUCCGCCUCUUGAGAGAAGCAAGCUUCUUAGCAUUUCAUAUGCGGGAGCACAGCUUGGGACAGUAAUUUCUCUUCCUCUGUCUGGAAUAAUUUGCUUGUAUAUGAAUUGGACUUAUGUCUUCUACUUUUUUGGUAUAGUUGGAAUCAUUUGGUUUAUUUUAUGGAUCUCAUUAGUUAGUGAUACACCAGAAACCCACAAGAGAAUCUCCCACUAUGAAAAGGAAUACAUUCUUUCAUCAUUAAGAAAUCAGCUUUCUUCACAGAAGUCAGUGCCAUGGAUACCCAUGCUAAAAUCACUGCCACUUUGGGCUAUUGUGGUUGCACAUUUUUCUUAUAACUGGACUUUUUAUACUUUAUUGACGUUAUUGCCUACAUAUAUGAAGGAGAUCCUAAGGUUUAAUAUUCAAGAGAAUGGAUUUUUAUCUGCAGUGCCUUAUUUUGGCUGUUGGUUAUGUAUGAUCCUGUCUGGUCAAGCUGCUGACAAUUUAAGGGCAAAAUGGAAUUUUUCAACUAUAUGUGUUCGAAGAGUUUUUAGCCUUAUAGGAAUGGCUGGCCCUGCGCUGUUCCUGGUAGCUGCAGGGUUUAUCGGUUGUGACUAUUCUUUGGCUGUCGCAUUCCUGACCAUAUCAACGGCACUGGGAGGCUUUUGCUCUUCUGGAUUUAGCAUCAACCAUCUGGAUAUUGCUCCUUCGUAUGCUGGUAUCCUCCUGGGCAUCACAAAUACAUUCGCCACUAUUCCAGGAAUGGUUGGGCCUGUCAUUGCUAAAAGUCUGACCCCCAACAACACUAUUGGAGAAUGGCAGACUGUUUUCUGUAUCGCUGCUGCUAUCAAUGUAUUUGGUGCCAUUGUCUUCACACUCUUCGCCAAAGGUGAAGUGCAGAACUGGGCUCUCAGUGAUUACCAUGGACACAGAAACUGAAGGAACAAUAAAUAAUUCUCUCAUUAAUGUAUUUUUGUUUAUCAUGUAACCUAAAAGUGCCUUCAAUAUUUUAAUGUGUAAGCAUUCCAUGUACAAGAAAAAUUGUACUUGUAUUAAAUUUUUAAGGCUUGUAAUCAUGAAAUGUCCAGAUUAGUUGCCAGGUUAGUAAAAUUAGCUAUUUUUAAUUAUUAAUAAGAUGUAUGCUGGAACUUACACUUUAGGGUCACAUACCUGGCUGCAAGUCAGGCGAUAUGAAGUAGGGGCAUUCUGUUUAUUUUUAAGGGCCAUACUUAAAGGAAUGAGCUGAAAUGGAUCCCUCUAUACCUUUGCUUAAUUAAAGUAGAUGAUAAUUCUCA